AUCUGAUUUACAUUUUAAACUCAAUAUUUAAUGUAGCUAACAACUAUUCCAAGUCUACCUGAAAGCUGUAGUAGCCCGUUUUGAAAUGUAUGCAGUUUUAUGACCAAGCGAAGGAACAGUGAAUUUUUAGGGCAUAGAGCACUAACGAACCUGUACAGCAGGUUUUUGUAGCUUCUAGUUCAAACAACUUCAAAGUAUAGGCUAUUUGUUUGCUUGUGAAUAUUUUGGUGAAGCGCUGAAUCUGAUCAGACUUGAAAACUCGCAUCCACGUCUUCUCAACCAUGUUUUUGGCCAAAUCAAUCAUUGGAGGGAUUCUGGAUGCCGUGAGCCAAAUUGAUCCUGGACAGUUUUCUUCUUCCCAACCACCCCCUCCCAGGAGACCAUUACUACAUGCACAGUCUCCGCAAAAUGAAAGUGAUGAGGAGAGGCAAUUUCGCAAGGUUUUCCAACAGCUUGCUGGAGAUGACAUGGAAGUGAGUCCUAAUGAGCUGAUGAACAUUCUCAACAAGAUUAUAUCCAAACAUCGUGACCUAAAGACUAAUGGUUUCUCACUUGAGUCUUGCAGGAGCAUGGUGGCACUAAUGGAUGGUGACAGCUCUGGAAAAUUAGGCUUUGAAGAGUUCAAGCAUCUGUGGAACAAUAUUAAGAGGUGGCAGGGAAUCUUUAAACAAUAUGAUGCAGACCACUCUGGGACGAUUGGAGCUGAUGAACUUCCAGGUGCAUUCAGAGCAGCAGGAUUUCCUCUCAGUGACCAACUCUUCAAGAUGAUCAUUCGCAGAUACAGCGAUGAAAGCAGCAACAUGGACUUUGACAGCUUUAUUGGGUGCCUGGUGCGACUGGAUGCCAUGUGCCAUGCUUUUAAAAUACUUGACAAGGACAAGUCUGGCACUGUCAAAGUCAACAUUAAAGAGUGGCUGCAGUUGACUAUGUACUCCUAAAUCAAGAGGAAAUAAUCUCAGUUCUGUGCCUUUUUUUUUUUUGCUCAUUGUUAUUUGGUGUUCUGAUCUUCAUAAGAGAAUCUCCCUCCAAUUUAAUAAGCCUUUUAAUUUGGGAACACAUUUUUAUUGUUGAUUAGGUAGUGUGUUGCUACUUGGUAAUAAAGACCGUGCAGCAUCUUGCCACUAGGGGGCACCUUUGUGUUUACAUGCCGCUUUACCCUACGCUCUCAGCAUUGCCUUUGUAAUUGGAUUUCACAAUUCUUUGACAGCGACAGUUUAUGGGGUUCAUGUGGGUUCAGCACAACUCAUGAGUACAAUAAGCAUAAGUAAUCAUGUACGUCUAUUUGGCUGUAUGCCACACAUUACAUAUGUGAUCUCUAGCUAUCAAAGACAUUAGUAAACGUUCUGUUUCUUUUGGAUUGUAUUUAGCUAAAAUUGCAUUAAAAACAUUAAAACUAUUUUUCUUUUUUUCAAUAAAGCCAUGUUACCCUUGCUA